UCGGUUAAGAUAAACUGAAAAAGAAUCCCAUGACGUUAAAAACAUGCAGUUAAAAUAUCUCAAAAACAUUCUCCCAUGCCAAGAUGGGGCUGCAAAAAUCACGGCCUUGGCUUGGUCGGCCAACAAUUUAAAAUUAGCCGUGUGCACGGCGGAUCGAGUGAUUCUACUUUUUGAUGAGACGGGAGAAAAACGCGACAAAUUCUCCACCAAACCAGCCGAUCCGAAAUAUGGCAAAAAGAGCUACAUUGUCAAAGCUGUAGACUUUUCCCCGGAUGGAACGAAGCUAGCCGUGGGCCAAACCGACAACAUCAUCUUCGUCUACAAAAUCGGUGAAGAUUGGGGCGAGAAGAAAGUGAUCUGCAACAAAUUCAUACAAACUGCGGCUGUUACAGCUUUGAUUUGGCCCAUGAAAGGUCCCAUAAUCGCGGGAUUGGCGGACGGGAAAAUUCGUGCGGCCCACACCAAAACCAACAAAGCUACGACAUUGUAUUCGGCAGAUUCUUGCACGAUAUCUUUGGUCCAGAAUUUAGAAGGCACCGGCUUCAUGUCUGGACAUGCUGAUGGAUCCGUUGUUCGAUGGUAUGUGGCAGACGAUCCCAUGGCUAAACCUCAAGGCAAAGUUCUGACCCACUCUGUUCCACCAUACGCCUUGUCCUGGGCCUCCAACCACAUUGUGGUAGGUGGAUGCGACAAGAAGAUUGUUUUCUACACUCCAGAGGGGUCCAUGUUCCAGCAGUUUGAUUAUUUCCGCGAACCAACCGAGAAGGAAUUUACUGUGAUGUGCUGCAGUCCAAGUGGACAAGCUUUGUGCGUGGGGAGUUAUGACCGGAUUAGGGUUUACAGCUGGGUGGCCAGGAAAAACUUAUGGGAAGAGAACAAUGCCAAGGAAAUUAAGUAUCUCUAUAGUAUCACGGCGUUGGGAUGGAAGAAGGAUGGCUCGCGAGUGGCGGCGGGCUCUCUUUGCGGAGGUGUGGAACUCUUUGAAUCGGUCCUCAAGCGGGCGGUCUGGAAGAACAAGUUCGAGAUGACUUAUGUGGGCCCAUCACAAGUGCUGGUCAAGCCUUUGGUCAAGGGGGCCCGAGGAGUGAUCCUCAAGUCCAUAUACGGCUAUGAAAUCGAGGACGUUCGAAUUAUGGGUGGUGAGAGCUAUCUGGUGGCCAAGACGACCGAGACCCUUCUCUUAGGGGAUCUCCAACGCAAUCUAUUGAGCGAAAUCCCUUGGGCGAAUAUGGGAGGCAACGAGAAGUACUAUUUCGAAAACGCCAAUGUCUGCAUGAUUUUCAAUGCCGGAGAACUGAGCCUGGUCGAAUAUGGGAAGAACGAAAUCUUGGGCUCGGUGCGAACCGAGUUCAUGAAUCCUCAUUUGAUCAGCGUUCGCAUCAACGAAAGAAAGUUGAAAGGAACGGAUGAGAUCAAACGGCUCGCCUAUUUGCUGGAUUUGAAAACCAUUGCCCUAGAGGACCUCAUAUUUGGUUACGCUCUAGGACAAGUCACCCACGACUCGAAGAUAGAUUGGUUGGAAUUGAAUGAAACGGGACGAAAGCUGCUCUUUCGGGAUAAAAGAAGCCGCUUGAAUUUGGUGGACGUCGAGACCAUGAGCAAGACUUCGAUUCUGAACUAUUGCACGUUUGUCCAAUGGAUCACUGGCUCUGAUGUGGUGGUGGCACAGAGUCGAGAAAAUAUGGCCGUCUGGUACAAUAUCGAUGCCCCAGAACGGGUCACAUUGUUCCCCAUCAAAGGAGACGUCAUCGACAUUUCACGAGAGGACGGCAAAACCGAGGUCAUUGUACAAGAGGGACAACACCAGUUGUCCUACGAGCUGGACGAAGGGCUCAUUGAAUUUGGAACUGCCAUUGAUGAUGGGGAUUUUAAUCGGGCCAUUGUCUACUUGGAGACCCUGGACAUGUCGCCUGAGACGGAUGCCAUGUGGCGAACUUUAGCUCGAAUGUCCCUGGAGAGUAAGCAGCUGGGCAUUGCAGAACAAUGCUACGCCGCUUUGGGCGAUGUGAGCAAGGCCAAGUUUUUGAGAGAGACUCUCAACAUGGCCGAUGUGGCCGCUGAAACCUUUGGUGGUGACGGCGUGGAAUCUCCAGAAGUCUGGGCCCGUCUCUAUAUACUUGACAAGCAAUUCAAGGCAGCUGAGGGAAUCUACCUUGAACAAAAUCAAUUGGAUGAAGCCAUCGGCAUGUACCAGCGCCUGCAUAUGUGGGACGAGGCACUCAAUCUAGCUGAAGUGAAAGGUCACCCGCAGCUGGAAGUCCUACAAGAACAACACGCAUCCUGGCUCCUUGAAACCGGUCAAGAGGAAAAGGCCGGAACUCUCAAAGAGGAGGACGGCGAGUUUUUGGAAGCCUUGAAUCUCUACCUUCGCGGAGGCUUGGCCACUCGAGCUUCCCGUUUAGUGCAGUCCAACCAUCAAAUGCUCUCCAAUCCGGAUAUUGUGAGUCGAGUUACAUCAGCUCUGCUGAAAGGAGAGUUUUACGAGCAGGCUGGAGAGCUGUACGAAAAAGUUCGACAGGAAGAUGAGGCCUUGGAUUGCUAUCGGAAGGCCCGAGCCUACACCCGAGCGGUGGAACUCGCUAGACACGCGUUCCCUGAAGAUGUGGUCCACUUGGAAGAGGAAUGGGGUGACCACUUGGUCGAGAACAAGCAACUCGACGCGGCCAUAAAUCACUACAUCGAAGCGGGCCGGACGAUCAAGGCUUUGGAUGCAGCUAUCUCGGCUCGCCAAUGGAAGAAGGCGGUGCAAAUCGUCCAGGUGAUCGACGACGACUCGGGCGAGCUCAACCAAUACUACUACAAACUUGGGCAGCAUUAUGCGUCUGUGAAAGAAUAUGCAUUGGCCCAGAAGUUCUACAUGCAAGGAAAUAUGCCCAAAUACGCCAUUGAGAUGUACAAUAAUGCCGGAAUGUGGGAAGAGGCUCAUCAACUCGCCUCGAGAUAUAUGGACAAGUCAGAGGUGAGCUCCAUGUACAUCAGCCAAGCUCAGAAACUAGAGGAACAAGGUCGUUUCAAAGAGGCUGAGAAACUCUAUAUCUCGGUUCAAGAGCCCGAUCUUGCCAUUUCCAUGUACAAAAAGCAGAGACAAUACGACCACAUGACCCGACUGGUGCAGACCUUUCACCCAGAUCUUCUUCAGUCCACCCAUGUCCACCUGGCCCAAGAACUCGAACAGGAGGGCAAUCACCGGGCUGCUGAGAAACACUUCAUCGAAGCUGGAGACUGGAAGUCAGCCGUUCACAUGUAUCGGGGUGCAGAUAUGUGGGAAGAUGCUUAUCGGGUGGCCCAAAACCACGGUGGUCCCAACUCAGCCAAGCAAGUGGCAUUUUUAUGGGCCAAGACUCUAGGAGGUGAAUCUGCAGUCAAGUUACUCAACAAGUUUGGCAUCUUGGAGCAGGGCAUUGAUUAUGCAUGUGAGAGCUAUCAAUUUGAAUUUGCCUUUGAAUUGGCGAGACUGGCAGCUCAGCACAAGACCGAAGACAUCCAUUACAAAUAAGCCAUGGCUUUGGAGGAUGAGGGCAAGUUUAAGGAGGCUGAAGCUCAGUUUGUGAAGGCCAAAAAGCCCAAAGAAGCUGUGCUGAUGUUCGUGCACAAUCAAGAUUGGGACUCGGCUCAACGCGUGGCUGAGGAACACGACCAGUCCAGCGUGUCCGACGUGUUGAUUGGUCAAGCCAAGGUGGCGUUUGAGAAUUCGGACUUUUCCAAAUUCGAGAGUCUUUUGUUGCGCGCUCAACGACCCGAACUGGCCGUUAAGCAAUACCGUGAUUCUCAAAUGUGGCCAGAGGCGUUGAGGGUUUGCAAAGAAUAUUUACCACACAAGCUGAAGGCCCUUCAGGAUGAAUAUGAGAGCGAAGCCCUGGCCGAGAGAUCACGAGACAGUGACGCCCUCCUGACUCAAGGCCGACAAUGGGAAGAGAGUGGGGAAUACGCUCGCGCAGUCGACUGUUAUCUUAAGGUUGACAGGACAAACACAACGAACGCCACGACGAUGGCCAAUGCCUGGGCCAAGGCAUCCGAUCUGGCCAUAAAAUUUUUGGACGCAGACAAGGCCAUGGAAGUGGCUGAGGUGAUCGGGCCCAAAUUGGUCGAGGUUGGUCGACACAACAACGCCGCCCAACUGUAUUUGAGUGUCGAGAUGAUUAAAGAGGCUAUCGAUGUUUUUAUUGAUGCCAAAGAAUGGGCCAAAGCCAAGAAAGUCGCUAGGGAGUUGGAACCUCGACUGGAGCCGUACGUGGACCAAAAGUACAAAGAUCACUUGAAAAAUGAGGGUCAAGCCGAGCAACUCGCCAACGUAGAUCUGAUUUCCGCCCUUGACAUGUACGUCGAGCAGGGCAAUUGGGACAAGGCCAUUGAAACUGCCGCCCAACAUGGAUCCGAGCUGCAGCAUAAGUAUAUCGCAUUGCGGGCCACCGAAUCCAUUCGUGAAGAACAACCUUUGGAGGCAUUAAAACUCUACAAAAAGCACGGAGCUCCGGCAUUCCCGCAGAAUUUUAACAUUUACAAGCGAUUAGCCAUUGAUCUAUUCAACCUGCCGACCGUCGGAGACGUUGAGGGACGCAUGUACCACACCUGGGCGACAUUGAGGGACCUUUUCUUCGAUCUCACUGAGAACAUGGCAAAGUCGGGUGAGCUGGACGGAUCGGAUGCCCACCGAGACUUUAAGCUCUUACUCCUCAUCACUCAUUAUUUGGCAGUCAGAUCUGCCUGUCAAACUCAGAAGAGCCUGGUUGAGAUAGCUACCAAGCUAUCAGUGUCCCUACUCAGACACAGCGAUAUUCUACCUCCCGAUAAAGCCUUUUACGAGGCUGGUAUGGGUGCCAAGCGCGUUGGUUGGGAAAACAUGGCCUUUGUUUUCUUAAAUCGAUACUUGGAUUUAUAUGAGGCCAUUGAAGAGCGCUCACUGGACAUGUUGGACAACUCCGAUUUCGUCGAGACCGACAUCCCAUUCGAGGUUCCUCUCCCGGAACAUCCGCACUUACCCACUCGCGAACACGAAGGUGUUAAGGAGUGGGUGUUGGCCGUCUCCAUGGACCAACGCGUGGAGCAGCAACUUCCAUUGGAUCAAAGGAUGACCUACGAAGCGUCACUUGUGGCAGCCAAAACUGGAGCCACUUCUCCGGCGUGCAUCAUAACUGGAUAUCCGGUCCUAGGCAACGCCAUUGAAUUUGCCCGAGGAAUGGUAGCGAACAAGGAAGACUGGAACAAAUUUGUCAUGGUGGCCAAAACCGUUUCCGAUAAUGAGAUUCAAGACGUUCUCAAGUUUAUAAGCAGCUGGGGUGGAUUAGGCGGGUUGGCACCAAGUUUUUCGUUUAAAUAGAUCAUUAUUAUUGAUAUUCUCAUUCAAGAGAGUCUUCAUAAGGUAAUAUAAUGAUUGGGAUAUCAAGAUUUGUCGCA